AUGAGCGCUGCCAAUGAGUCGCACCACUCGAGCGGCCCCCGCAAGGACCACAAGUCCGCGGUGUGCCUCAUCCCCCCGAGGUGGCUGUGGGACGAGGUGCAGCAAGUGCGGUGCUUCAACGACCCGGCGUUCGUCCGCUGGCCGCCGCACAUCAACCUGCUGUACCCGUUCUGGGAGGACUCGGGAGACAACUUUUCGGCGGCGGCGGAGAGGAUCGCCGGCGCCCUGUCCGGACUGCGGCCCUUCGAGGUCGUGCUGAGCGACUUUCAGCACUUUCAGCACAGCAGGAGCUGCACAGCGUGGGUGGGGCCCGGCGAGGGGCGCGACGGCGUGCUGCGCCUGCAGGAGGCCCUGCGCCGCGAGUUUCCGUUGUGCGACGACUUGUCCGUCGACCGGACGCGCGGCAUCACGAGCUUCGCGCCGCACCUGUCGCUGGGGCGAUGGCGCAGCGCCGGCGACGUGAGGACGGCAGUGGGGGCCCUUAGGGGCACGAUGGCCCCGGUGAAGUUCAGGGUUGAGGAGGUUGCGGUGAUCUCCAGGGUCGGGUUUGAGACCCCGUUCGUGGUGCGGUAUGCGGUCGGGCUGGGCGGGGCUGGGCCCGCUGGCCCAGUCAGCCGGGUGGAUGUUCCCUAUGUGCCAAGCCUCAGGAUGGGGCAGGCCUACCUUGGCAGCGUGGGCCGGUCCAGGUUCGGCGUGGGCGCGCUGUCGGGCGGGAUUUGGAAUUUCGCUUACGGCGCCAAUGUGAACCGCCACAAGCUGGAGGCCGUGAGGGGCAUCAAGCCGCUGCGCUCCAUGCCCGCCGUGCUGAAGGGAUACCGCCUGGCGUUCAAUCACCGGGGGGCCAUGGGCAACGUGGUUCCCCUGCUGGAGGGCGAGGGCCCCAUGGGAAUGGACGGCGUGCACGGCGUCUUGCAUUGCCUGAAUCCCGCGGACUUCGCGACGCUGACCAACAUGGAGAACGCCUACAUGCCCCAGGAGGUCGACGUCCAGCCCUAUGACGACUCUCGGGAUCCAGUCCGCGCAGUUGUUUUCGUUUCCCCGUUGCAGCAGACCAUACGGGAGGGCUUGCCGCCCCCAGAGCGAUACGUGCGCCUCAUCCUGGAGGGCUCGACGCAGUGGAGCUUGGACAGUAGCUUCAAGGUCCCGGGGCCCGGAAUACUGGCAGACGACCAAGGUUGA